AUGCCUUCGCAUCAGCCUACGAGCGGCAUGCCCGCAGUCAAGCCGGAGUUCCUGUCGACUCAGCCCGAUCCAAUGUCGAACCCAGCUCCCCAGGAGCCGGUGAGAAACACCAAGUACGACCCGAAGAAGCCACAUAUCACCGAAACACCUUUGACGAGGAAGAACUGGUACAAGCACGUGAACUGGUUGAACGUCGUGCUCAUUGUUGGCAUUCCGGUCAUGGGUCUAAUCACCGCCGUCUGGACACCACUGAGACUGCCAACGGCAAUCUUUGCAGUGCUGUAUUACUUCGCCACGGGGCUGGGAAUCACAGCUGGAUACCACAGACUAUGGGCACACACGUCGUACUCCGCGUCAACACCCCUCAAGAUCUUCCUUGCUGCCGUUGGCGGCGGUGCCGUUGAGGGCUCCGUCAGAUGGUGGGCCAGAGACCACCGUGCUCACCACCGAUACACCGACACCGACAAGGAUCCAUACAGCGUCCGCAAGGGACUGCUCUACUCACACUUUGGCUGGAUGUUGAUGAAGCAGAACCCAAAGAGAAUUGGACGCACCGACAUUUCCGAUCUCAACGAUGACGCUGUCGUCGUCUGGCAGCACAAGAACUACCUCAAGGUUGUCCUCUUCAUGGGUCUGAUCUUCCCUUGCAUCGUUGCUGGUCUCGGCUGGGGCGACUGGCUUGGUGGCUUCAUCUACGCCGGUAUCCUCCGUAUCUUCUUCGUCCAGCAGGCCACUUUCUGCGUCAACUCCUUGGCUCACUGGCUCGGCGACCAGCCAUUUGAUGACCGCAACUCUCCUCGUGACCAUGUCAUAACAGCUCUGGUCACGCUCGGCGAGGGCUACCACAACUUCCACCACGAGUUCCCAUCCGACUACCGCAAUGCCAUCGAGUGGCACCAGUACGACCCAACCAAGUGGUUCAUCUGGACAAUGAAGCAGCUCGGCCUUGCCUACGACCUGAAGCAGUUCCGCUCCAACGAGAUCGAGAAGGGUCGUCUCCAGCAACAACAGAAGAAGCUCGACCAGAAGCGUUCCAAGCUCGACUGGGGUGUGCCACUUGAGCAGCUUCCAGUCAUGGAGUGGGAUGACUACGUCGACCAGACCAAAAACGGCCGCUCCCUUAUCGCAGUCGCCGGUAUCGUCCACGAUGUCAGCGACUUCGUCAACGACCACCCGGGAGGCAAGGCCAUGAUCCGCAGCGGAAUUGGCAAAGACGCAACCGCCAUGUUCAACGGCGGUGUCUACCUUCACAGCAACGCCGCGCACAACCUGCUCUCGACCAUGAGAAUCGGUGUUAUCCGUGGCGGCAUGGAGGUCGAAAUUUGGAAGCGCCAAUCCGAGAGCCAAGGCUCGCAGAUCUACAAGGACGAGAAGGGCAACCGUAUCGUCCGUGCUGGUGCACAGGUCACUAAGGUGAUCAACCCACCGGCCAGCGCCGAUGCGGCAUAG